UAUGACAAGCACUUGCUAGAAACACCAAACAGGACAAAAGCAUCCUUAUGAAAUAACCAUCAGCCAUAACCAUUAAAGGCAGCAUACUAACACUGCUUGAUGACAUUGCUUAUUAUCUGGGUCAGCUAGAACCAGUAGCAUUUCAUUCCCUAUUAAACCUCUGUUAACAAUUUCUGAAAAGCAUUCCUUUGCUUUCUUUCUCUUAGUGCAACACCGACUUAUCUUGUGUUCUCUGGGUUACGUUCUGAUAAAAUAAAGCGUUUGGUCUAGAAUGUCCUCAGAUAAACUGGCAUGAUGGAAAAAUUUAACUUUCAGAAGUUCUCUUUGGAUGUUGUACUGAAGAAAGACCAAGAGGAAGCUGCCAGCACUGGUUUGGUGCCUUUGUCUGGCCAGAUAUCAAGUCAAUUUCCUCUUCUGCUUGGACUUCCAGUGAGACGGCAUAUUGUGGCUGCCUGCAGUCAGGCACGACUGUGUGACUCUUCCCAGGGGAAGUGCUCUGGGUCACUGAUGACCUGAUACUUUUGUCUGAGGGGUCUUGACUGUUUUUCUCCCUCAAGGAGUAACAAGGAUGACUAGCCUCCGUUAUCAGCUAGACUGGAUCUGAAAACAACUAAGACAGGAGCCGCCAGGCGCACCUGUGAGGGACUUCCUUGAUGAAAUUAUCUGAAGCAGAAAGACUCACCCUGAAUGUGAGCAGUGAAUGCUGGAGGCUGCGCACAUAAAAGGGCAUGGAAGAAGGAAGCUGUGGCUUUUUGCCUGCUUGCUUUCAUUCUUGCUGGCAAGUGCAUCUGUCCUGUGACUGAGGCAUUCCUUCACUGGUAUUGAAGCCAGGUUCUUGGGCCUUCCAACAUAGACUGAAGACCAGCAUCUCUGCAGGAACGCUCUCGGCCUUCAGAGCCAGUGAACAGCAAAAGUGAAUAGAACCCACAUCUGAGCCAGCUCGGCCCGAGAGAGACCCGACACCCUGACUCCACAGUGCAUGGCGUGGAAUGAAGGCUACUGAUAGAAAAUGGCAGCAAACGCUCUAAGAACAGCUCUUUGUUUGCUCUUCUUCGCCCUCUCUGGGGCCCUGGCGACACCAGCAAUCUCAUGCAAAAAUAACAAAGGUGAAGCUGUGGACUGGUUUACCUUUUAUAAGUUACCCGGAAGGCAAAGCAAUGAGCAUACAGAGACUGGGCUGGAUUACCUGUACCUGGACUCCACUAUGCAAAGCUGGAGGAAGAGCCAACACCUGAUGAACAGCAGCAGGAGUGUUUUGGGAAGGACCUUACAGCAGCUGUAUGAAGCGUAUACCUCUAAGAGCAACAGCACAGCCUACAUAAUAUACAAUGACGGUGUCCCUAAGUCUAUGAACUACAGCAGAAAGUAUGGACACACCAAAGGUCUACUGGUAUGGAACAGAGUCCAGGGGUUCUGGCUGAUCCACUCCAUUCCUGGGUUCCCUCCAAUUCCAGAAGAUGGCUACAAUUAUCCAACCUCAGGGAGACGAAAUGCACAAAGUGGCAUGUGCAUCACUUUCAAAUACAGCCAAUUCGAAGCAAUAGAUUCUCAGCUCUUGGUCUCCCAACCAAACAUCUACAGCUGCUCCAUCCCCACCACCUUUCACUGGGAACUCAUCCACAUGCCCCAGCUGUGUGCCAAGUCCAGUUCCACAAAGAUCCCUCGGCGGAGCCUCGCCACGCUUCAAUCAGCGCAGGGACUAAACUUCUUCCAUUUUGCGAAAUCUGACGCUUACACUCACGAUAUCUUUACAGCUUGGAUGGCUCCAUGGUUGAAGACACAUUUGCUAGCAGAAACCUGGCAGCGAACGACACAUGAAGAACUUCAUUCAAACUGCUCCCUUCCUUACCACGUGCACAACAUCAAGGUCAUUCAUGUGCCUCACCACUUUUACUUCAGUUCGACCCACGACCAUUCCAAAUGGUGCGUUUCCACAAAGGACUCCAAAAAUCGCUGGGUCUGCAUUGGAGACCUAAACCGGAGCCCAAGCCAAGCCUUCAGAGGUGGAGGGUUCAUCUGUACCAAGAAUCGGUACAUUUACCGAUCAUUUUAUAGAUUGGUUUCCAAGUAUGAGUCCUGUGUGUAAGCACGGGGCAAGGAGGUCAUGUGCACUGUCCUUGGAAGCACGGGCCCUGGGUCCUCACCUUUGAUCCAUUCUCCAUAUGUUAAAGGCGCCUGUGCUCCCACAACAUAGCAUCCAAUCAAAUCCACACUUACCAUUUUAUAUUUAGGUCAGUAGAAAUUUGCCUCCUCUGUACUGAUGGAAUUAGAAGCCCAAAUCAUGAUAUGUAAAUAAUGAUGGGGUGGGGGU